AUUGUUGCACAUCUCGCAUUUCCGGAAGUGCGCGUGAGGUGUCCGCCAUGAUUCUAUUGAUCCCAGAAUAGAGGAAAUAGUCUACUGUCAGAUAGAUCAGAACAUAACGUUUCCCGGCUUUUGCCAAACGAAAUUGGACUUAUGCAGUCAUGAGCUGGGGAACUGAGUUAUGGGAUCAGUAUGACAACGUUUCGCUGCACACGUUGAAAGGAAUAGAGUUCUGUGAGAAGUAUACUCACUUCUUGAAGGAAAGAUGUAAUGUGGAAAUGGAAUAUGCGAGAAACCUCAAAAAACUAGUGAAGAGUUAUCAACCACGGAAGAAAGAAGAAGAUGAUUAUGUGUUUUCGUGGUCACGGGCGUUUGUGGACAUGGUGAAGGAGCUGCACGACAUCGCUGGGCAGCAUGAGAUGGUGGCCGAGAACCUACAGGGCACUGUCUUUAAAGACCUGCAAGGCCUCAUCACAGAGCUCAGGCAGGAGAGGAAAAAGCAUUUGCAUGAAGGAACAAGGAUUCAAGAUGCACUUAAACAAUCAUACCAACAGUUAGAUAAGUCAAAACGACAGUAUGAACGGGCUUUCAAAGACAGUGAAAAGGCUCUAGACAAUUACAGGAAGGCUGAUGCGGACAUUAACUUAUCCAGAGCUGAAGUUGAAAAGCAUCGAAUUGUGAUGAAUGCGAAGGCUUCUCAAUGUGAGGAUUGCAAGAACGAGUACGCUGCCCAGCUCCAGCAGACCAAUACUCACCAGAGAGAGUAUUAUUCCGGCAGCAUGCCACAAGUAUUUCAGAAUUUACAAGAUAUGGACGAGAGAAGAGUCAACCGCCUACAGGCCGCUAUAGGUCAGAGUGCGGAGGCUGACAGGAACGUCAUCCCCAUCAUCAACACCUGCAUCGACGGCAUGCAGAAGGCUGCAGCAGCCAUUGAUGCAAAAGAAGAUUCAAAGUUGGUUAUCGAGAGGCACAAGUCAGGGUUUCAGGUCCCCAGUGACAUUCCAUUCGAAGAUCUGAGCAACAUGCAGGCCACAGAAAACUCGAACCACUCCACACCAAAAUCAGCGCCUUCAGACAUGAAAAAUACGUACAAGACAUCCACUGUCUCUGGCAAGAGUCGGAAACGAGGGGGAAUAUUUGGUUUAUUUCAGUCGUCAAAGGUUUCUCUUCGAUGUUAUUGUGUGGAUGACCCAAAGGAAGACUUCAGUGACCUGCCACCCAAUCAGCGUCGGAAGAAGCUGCAGCAGAAGAUUGAUGCAAUCAAGAAGGAAAUGGCCAAAGAACAGGCAGAGAGGGAAGGCAUGUUGAAGAUGAAAGAUGUUUAUGCAAACAACCCCGCUCUAGGAGAUCCAAGUACCUUAGAUAAGAAAAUAGAAGAAAAUGCUCAAAAGAUAGACGAUCUACGGCAAGAUCUGCAUAAGUUUGAGAAUUAUCUAGGUGAGGCGGAUGGUAAACAUCGGCGCCACAGUACAUCUAACGAGUCGCUCUCCCCAAGUGUGUCAGAUGGCAGUACCCCUGCCAGUCAACAGCAGGUCUCCGAGCCAGGAACACCAAACCUGCAGCAUAAUGUGUAUGCGCCUAUUGAUGGAGAUGAAGAAGGGGAGGAUGAAUUUGAAACUUUUCCAAUCAUUGGAACCUGUCGGGCAUUAUAUCCAUUUGAUGGAAGCAGCGAAGGGUCGAUCUCCAUGUUGGAGAAUGAAGAGUUUAACAUCAUAGAGGCUGACCAGGGCGAUGGAUGGACGCGGGUGAAGCGGGACGAUACCUCCGAGGGCUUCGUGCCGACGUCCUACAUCGAGGUCCACCUGUAUGAUCAGGAUCAAGUCUAGCACACCAUGUAGCAUUACCCUAGUUCACAGACCUGAAAGAUGUCACUGUCGGUUGUUAAAAUGAGGAGAUCUCCAGGAUGCAAGCUGCUGAUUGAGUGUCGUGUUUCAUAACCAUGAGAACAUUAAGGUGCCCGGAGCGGGCAGAUCCCACUAGAGUUUGGAACAGAUCGUCUACAUAGUUCCUUCAUCAAGCCAUGCUAUAGAAGAAGUGGCACCCGCACCGUCCUGUUUUAACAGACUGAGAGCCGACUAGGAAUGUGUGAAAGUUGUAUCAUCGGGUGACGAGGUAACGAAGGUCAUCUUUCAAGUGGUCAGCAGCCUACAGCUCCAUGCUUGCAGUCAAUGAGAUGCCUGUGCUGCCCCAUCAGGAGAUGAGGAGGCGGAGCUUGCCUUUGUCAUCAGCUACAUUUAAUUCACUUGUGAUUGCAUCAAAAAACAACUACAUAAAAUACAUGUUAUGACCUUGUGCAGUAGAAGAUUGCAUCAGUUGCCAAGCUACCAAGAUUCACCUUGUGACCUUGAAGGUACAGGAUCCGACUGAUGGUACCUUCAUCUGGGCAGUAUCUGCCUGUAGCCGUAGCAGCUUCCUUCCAGCCUCUCCCACUACAGUUCACGGUCCACGAUGUUGAAUCAGGUCGUUGGCUGACCUGCGUCAGUACUGAUUCCAUAAGGAGGUCAGUCAGCUCGCAAGUUUUAGUCGAUGGUGUCAUUAUUCCCUCAUACCGGAGUGUGACCCGCCUGAUCCUGGUUUAUGUUAACCUUGCUGCACAUUCACUAACCCAGCUUCGUCAGCAUGCUAUAAAACACCAGCCUGAAAUGCAGACCGAGACACCUUGUUGGUAGAGGAUUUCGUCAUCACUGACUGGACACAGGAUUUCUCCUGCUUUAAGUUCUGUCAGCAACACCGUGGACCCUGGAACAAGACUGAAGAAUGAUGCAAUAUGAUAUAAAUGUGUUCUGUAGUUUUCUAGAAGGAAUGUAUGUAUACAAGAGUUACACAGUUGUCGAGGAAAUGUUUUGAUAAUGGACAAAAGAGGAUUGAAUGAAGACAAUUACCUCUUGAUGUAGAUUUGAAUGAUGGAAUAAGGUUUAGUCUUGCAGAUGUCUGAAAGGCUGCUCUUUGAUAACAGAUAUUAGAAGACCGCUGACAAUGCAUUUACAUUGUGCUAUUUACACUCUGUUGGUGGUCAGAUUGGAUAUUAAUGCUGCUACGUCAAAGGGCUGUCUUUCUCCUGUAUAUCAGACUGUAGUUUUGGGAGAGAUAUUGUAACGCUGAUGAUUAUAUCGUGCAAUCAAAUUCUCUGGCUGGAGAUAGACAGAUCAACUUUUUUAAACGAUCAAGGUACACUUUAUACCUUUUUAAAUCUGUUUGAUAUGUGUAGUCAUUUCAUGUUGUAUAUAUUUGAUACUAAUGUACUUAUGCUGGCUUGCUGUACGUUGUUGUUGCUGCUGCUGCUGCCUGCACAGAUCAUCAGCAUUCAGUCGGGAUACAGCACCGGGCACCUGUUGACUCCUGGAGAGGCCCGUGAAAGUAGGGGAAGUAACUCUGUAGUAAUGAUGCUCUUUCAACCAAAGGGAAAGAAAUUCUAUAGUAUCAGGCAUUUGAAUUCAACAUAAGGGGAAGUAACUCUGCCGUGAUGAAUUAAAUAAUGCACAUUCUUUCAUGUAGCUGAAUUGGUUGAGUUUGGCCAACAUUCUCAGUAUGUACAAUUAUUGGUAAUGUUGUGAAAUUCUUCAACGCUAUUUUUGACAAGUGA